CCCGGGGAGGCCGGAAGCGGCGCUGACGCGGGCUGGCGGAGCGGGGCGCUGGCCGGUGAGCGGGGUCGCGCGGAGGUCCGGCAGGAGGCUGCGCAUCCGGGGCGCUUUGCUGCUUGUCUACUUUUUGGAAGACUCAAUCUGUUUGUCAAGCAGGCUGAUCCUUCUCUGUUGCUUUACUGAUGCCUGGUAGCAAAAACUAGUUGCUGGCUUCCAUACCCUUUGGGAUGUGUAACUAAGCAUGCUGCUUCAACACAAAAGAUGAACCUUAAGGCCUCUUCAGACACAGAGCACUCAACCCAACUGCUACAGUAGAGAGAGAUUUGUGCCACCAUGGCUAGAAGAGGGAUUUAAAGUUUGCAGAAAGGAUUUAACGCUGUCAGGAAGUGGCAAUCCUGCAGGAAGUCGUGCAUUGGGUCCUCCCAGGUAACUUGAAAUAGGCAUUGCCAAUGGAUGAACUGGUGCAUGACUUGGCCUCAGCUUUAGAGCAGACUUCAGAGCAAAACAAACUGGAUGAGCUAUGGGAAGAGAUGGCUCUAAGCCCAAGGCAGCAACGGCGUCAGCUUCGCAAGAGACGGGGUCGUAAACGACGCUCAGACUUCACACAUCAGGCAGAACAUGCCUGCUGCUACAGCGAGGCCUCUGAGUCGAGCUUGGACGAAGCUGUCAAGGAUUGCCGUGAGGUGCUGACAGCUAAUUUCAGUGACUCUGAUGACAUGGCAGUGGUCAAACGGCAUCCAGCUCUUAGUGCCACCCUGAGGAGCAAGCAACACUUGUGGCAUGAGUCAGACUCCUUUACAGAGAAUGCACCCUGCCGACCUCUCAGGCGCCGACGGAAAGUCAAACGUGUGACAUCAGAGGUGGCUGCCAGUCUCCAGCAAAAGCUCAGGGUGUCAGAGUGGAACUAUGAGAGGGGCUGCAGGUUCAAGUCAGCCAAAAAACAGCGUCUUUCACGCUGGAAAGAGAAUGCCCCUUGGACAUCAUCCAGUCAUGGCCUUUGUGAGUCAGGAGAGAACAGGCCCUUCCUCAGCAACGGGGGAAGGAAGGAGCGGAUGGAGUGUGAAGCUGAUGAUCAGAAACAGGGUUCAGAUGAAAACAUGUCGGAAUGUGAAACCAGCAGUGUUUGCAGCAGCAGUGAUACUGGCCUGUUUACCAAUGAUGAAGGCCGCCAAGGAGAUGAUGAGCAAAGUGAUUGGUUUUAUGAAGGAGAGUGUGUUCCAGGAUUCACUGUCCCCAACCUUCUUCCCAAGUGGGGAGCUGAUCACCGAUCUGAAGUGGAGAGGAUUGACUCAGGCCUGGACAAGCUCUCUGUUUCCACCUUCCUUUUGCCCUCACAGCCAGCUCAGAGAGGAUUUCAUGCUCGCCUGAAUCGCCUUCCAGGAGCUGCUGCCCGUUGUCUCCGUAAAGGUCGGAGGAGGCUGGUUGGCAAGGAGACCUCCAUGAGCACUCUGGGCACCGAGAGGCUAGGUCACGUUGUCAGUGAUCCGCGCCAGAAAGAUUUUUGGUUACCAUCCAUGGGGAAGAGAGAUCGCAACCAGUUCAAUCCAUUAUCUCCUCUGUACUCUCUGGAUGUGCUUGCUGAUGCUUCCCACCGAAGAUGCUCACCAGCACACUGCACUGCCAGGCAAGCAAAUGUCCACCUGGGACCACCAUGUUCAAGGGACAUCAAGAGGAAACGAAAGCCAGCUGCAGCCUCCAUGUCUAGCCCAACAUCAGCAACUUUAUCUGUCCACAUGGAUGCAGCAGAAUCAGAGCUACCAGCAACACCAUCCUUGAGAUCCCAGAACUCUGAGUGGACUGGGAAAACACCAGCAGCUGAGAAAUCUACUAUUGCUGCCUCCAGUAACUUUUUUAAAAUGCCACCAGAGAAGAGCCCUGGAUACAGCUAAAAGGAAGCAUUGCAACUGUUAAGGCUUGCUCGAUUUUGGAAGUGUUUGAUUCUGGUGUUUGUCUGCACCAAACAUCUUGUUCGGCAGUAGUGCUAUCUGCAGUAUUGGUGCGUGAUGUGUGCCAUCAUCCAGGCUGGUCUGUGUGCCUCACACACCUAAAUCAUGUUUGUGAAUCUAUGUUUAAGAAAAGGUAAUCGGUGUUGGGACUGCAGUGGCUUUUAGAGAUUUUCCUGCUAUCACUGUAUUUAUUAUGAAUUCAUCUCUUUCCCUGAUUCCAACUCGUAUGUAAUGGAUCAUGUACAGGUUUUCUUUUGGGUUUUCAGAUCCUUAUUCACCCUCUGGACAUGUUGCUUGUUUGUGUAUUUGGCAUUUUCAGGGUGAAAGUCUCACUGCCAUUCAGGGAGGUAGGAGUCUCCCUCUGCUUGCUUCCAGACCAGAAGGAUUUCUUGGCUGGGGAAUGAGGAGGGAAUACUAACACAUCAAAACAUGGAACCUGAAUCCUGUAUAAGCAGAAUGUUUUCUGGCCAUGUGCUAACAGACUCAAAUCAUGUUGCUUCUGGUAAAGCAAAUAUGGUGCUUGUCUGUGUAGAAAUUGCCAUUAGCUCACUGGCAGUAUUGUCCACUUGACCUUUUCCUUCUCCCUUGUUCUGAAUGUCUUCAGUCUUUAUUGUGUAUUGCAUGUUCAUUCCUAAACCUCCUACUGGAUAAGGAUUUGGGAGAACUACUUAGACAUAAAUGUGCAACCUGGUGUCCUGGAUAGAAACCCAGAGCCUUGAAUUUUGUUGCAGUAUGGUAGAAAAGUAUACAAAACAUCCAUAUCUCAGUGUAUAACUUAAAAAAAUGGCUGUUAGUGUUUCUAAAGGAUGCUUGUUUAAGGUAACAUGCCGUGAAAGCCAUUUAAAGUGUCACCUGAGUUCAGAGCGUUAUAGGUAUAGAUCAGACUCCUCCUGUAUCAUGCUUCCUCUGCCUUCAAAAGUAUUUUCUGCUAUACCUACUGGAGGUGUCUCCACCUGCUGAUGAUUGCACCUUACACUGCAGUGUACACUAAAGAGAUUCUCUUCACAGAACUUCCACUUGGUCUGCUGUUACCUUCUGUGUUGCAGAAUAUGUAGACAGGGAUUUCUUCCCUCUCUCUAAUAACUCUGGAGCUUAUCUUGAACUAUGUUUUCAGAAUAUGUACUUGUACAGCAUGUACCAAGGAACAGGUGGCCUCACAGCUUCUGAAGUCCUUUGAGUCCUAUUUGUAUGAUUAGAACUUUUUGCUUUCCUUGUGUGGAGCUUUCAGACAGGACUGUUUAAACGUGUAAAAUCUCUUUUGAUUGUGGCAGUGCAUCUAGCACUCUUAAGCAGACAGCAAAAUUUGCAUUAUUUUACAGUGAUUUUGCAGUGUUCUGUUCUCUUAUGAAUCAAAUGACUGAUAUAUUUGAUUGGGGGAAUAUGAAGCAGUGAUUUAUAUUAGCUGUGUAUUAAAUGGGAAAUGGUCAUAAUAUACACAAAACAAACUGAAUGACUGUAAAUCAUGAUUGACAGAUAUAGUUAGCUAUACUACAUGCACACUGUGUCUGAUCCCCUAAUACCUACUUAUUCUUGGGGAGACAUCCAAAUUGGAUUUAUAUUUUGCAGCACAAGCAAACUUUCAGAUCUGUCACUAUAAAUCCUUCUCAAAACUCUUUUUUUCUUUCUUUUUUUUUAUUUUAUUUGGGUGGUACAUUUUAGAAGUCAUUAGAAUGGGGAAAUCCUUUUUACCUUAAUGAAGGAAUGCAGAUUUGGAUUACAGGACAAGCUGUAACAGUUUAUAAGGGAAGAAGUGUUCCUGUUUUAAAGUUGUCAUGGCUUUGGCUUAUUUGUAGCUAUUUUGAACAAUGAUGCUUAAGGGGUAACAGAGGAAGUUUCGGCACUAGAGGGCCUGUAAUCUAAAACAUCUGAAGAAAAGAUAAACCUGAAGAGUAGUAGCUUGACUAUCUAGUACUCAUGAAUACAGUGAAUGGGAAAGGUGAUAAUCCUCUCCUGACAACUUGCAGAUAAAAUUUAGGAUUUGAAGCCUUGUAAUCUAAACUGCAUGCUGCUCUAAUGAUAAUGAGUGGUUCCCUGAAAGAGCAUUUAUGAAAUUGACUGGUUUUGAUUUUGUGAAGCAUCCUCCUCAACCUCUCUUAGUUUGAAUCUGUUCAAGAGAUUUACUCAGAUUACUGACCAUUCAGCUUUAUGCAAUAAAUACAAUUUAUUUUAUUUACAUACAAUUUUAGCCAUUGUAUUCCCUUUUAAAAAUCAAUUGUGAUAUAUCUUGCUGUGUUCUGAGUAUUCUUGAGUAUUGUCCAAAUAGUUUUUUCACUUCUGUGAUGUCAGGAUGCUUUAAAAGCUUUUUCAAGAAAAAUGUUAGGGAAUCAAGAGCCUUCAUCUCAUUGUGGUGUUGGAGGGGUGGGUUGCAAUGCUUCAUGUGAUUUUUCUCUGGGUGCAGGAAAAGAGAAUUUAUCAUAUUUUCCUAUUGAGGUCAGUAGCAGUGUUAUCUGGUUAAGCCCUUACUUAAGUUGUAAGCUCCUAGGAGGUAUUUCUUGCCUUUAAAGGCAGACUGUACCUGUGGCAGUACUGAAGAGCAACUGUGGCAGUGUCUUGACAAGCCAUACUUCUUGCCAUGGCAACUUUCUGGAAGUUCCAGGAGAUACCAAUUACUGCAGCUGCCCUGUCUUUUUUAUUUCUAGGUUAGAAUCCAUUUACAAAACAGUCAGAUUCUCAACCAAUUUUGAUUCUCCUGAGUGGUAGGCAACCUAAAUGGAUCCUGUAUCUUUUUACUCUAGAGUAUUUAAAAUAUAGCUUCAGACUUCAGUAACUUGAUACAGAUUUUAGUAUCUACAGCAUUCUUAGAUGAAUAAACUAAUUCCAUUGUUUUGCCUCUUUAUUUAAUCUAAGGCAGAUUUCUUAGAAGUCACUCUGCUCACACAGUACUCAGUGUGAAGGAUACUGCUUUUCAUGUGGAUUACUUGAGUAGAAAGGAGAAAUAACAUGCCUUGAUUUAGUAGCUGUGCUUCUGCAGAGAUGGUCCAGUAUGUGAUUACUGCUUCGAAGACAGGCAGCUCACUCGUAUUCCACUGUUUAACUCGGCCAACUAGGAAAGAUCCCCUCCUAAACCUGUUAUUUAUUAAUAAAGAAGGACUUUUGAGAGAUAUGAUGGUAAGUGACUGCCUUUACCACAGGAUAAUGAAAUGGGUAAUUUUAAAAAUUUUGAUGUAAUGAGGAAAAUGGUCAGCCAGGUUCCUACCCUGAAUUUCAACAGAGCUAGCUUUAGGCGACUCAGUGAGGUAGUUACUAGUGUGCUGUUCCUUGAGUCUGGUCAGUUUUUAGGAAUGACCUUUUAAAAGCACUAGAGCAGGUGAUCUCUCUGUGUUGAAAGUCAAACAAGCCAUGCAGAAGACCAGCUCAACAGGGAACUCCUCUUGAAUCUCAGGAAGAAGGAAUCUCUGGAAGCAAGGUCAAGCUUCACAGAAAAAUUACAGAGCUGUAGUUCACAUAUGCAGGGAGAAGAUAUGAAAGACCAAAACUUAAUUAGAGUUGAAUCUGGCCAGAACUGUUGUGUCAGACAAGCAAGGCUUUUUGAAGUACAUAAAUAGCAAGAGGAGGUCUAAGGAAAACAUUGGGCUGAUAUUUGUUGUAAAUGAUCACCUGACAAAUUGGAGUGAAGAAAACGUGGAGGCAUUCAAUACUUUUUUUUGCCUUGAUCUCAUCAUAAUACUGACAAACCUUGGGCUGCUCUGCUGAUUUGGAGGACCGUUACUGUGGGAAUAGUGACUUUGUUUGUGUACAUGGAGAUUGUUAGGGACCAGUUGAAUGUUUGUAAGUCUACGAGGCCAGGUGGGAUUCAUCCCAGAGUACUGAAGGAGCUAGUGGUUGUUGUAGGAUGACCUCUCCCAGUCCCUGCCGAAGGUUUUGGGUGUCUGGGAAAGGUCUAUCCUGACUAAAAUAUACUUAGCAUUAUUCUAAUUUACAAGAAAGGCAUGGAGUGAGACCCAAAAAACACCAACCUGCUAGCCUAGCCCCAGUACCUGGAAAAAUUGUCAAGAUGAUCAUACUGGUGCUACUGAAAGGCAUUUAAAGUCCUUUAAAUCAUAGAAUCAUAGAAUAUCCUGAGUUGGAAAGGACCCACAGGGAUCAUCAAGUUCAACCAGACAGGUCCAGUGGGUGAUGUGAUGGUUGAUGGUGAAGAUGAUGAUACAUACCCCUUCUUGUCUCUGGGGACCUCAUGCAAUGGCAACAGUUUUUCAUAGAUGGCAGUGACCAAUCUCAAAAUGACAUACUUCUGUGUAUAGGGAGAAGAUGGACAUUCAGUGAAAGAGAAAUCAAAAGCUGAGAGAAGCAGGUUUCCUAGUUGUUUGCACAUUUCUGGUAGUUCCAAUGAGCCCCAAUCAGGAUUAAUGACCAGUUUGGUAAGUACUGGAGAAUACUGAAUUAAAAGAAUGUAGUUUCUGUUGUGACGGAUUUAUAAUUUUAAGGUACAGUAACGAGUGUAGAAAGCAGCAAAACAGGAGCUGGAGAGAAACUUGUUAGAGGCUUGGACUAGUGCUACUGAAUGAUAGAUUAGCUUUGUGAUUGUGGUAUGCAGAGGUGUGUCUUGCCAGCAUCAUUCUUGAAUAAUGACAUUGAGUAGGUUAGUGCUGUCCUUCAAACUGUAGAUGCUCUUGCUGUAGGUGCUCUUGCUGUUAUUUUGUGGAUGUUGCGGAGACCUGCUUAGUGGGCAGAGGAUGAGAAGGGAAAUUGUAGGAAGGGCAACAAGAAGCAUGAUGGAGUGCCUCUUUUGCUGUAACCCCUUCUGUACUGAAGAAGGAAGAUGCUACAAAAACCAGUAUGUGUGCCUAGGUAUUGAAAAGCUAUUAUGUGAAGUGGAUUAGAACUUUGAUUUGUUGUCUUGAGGAACAGUUUGUAACCAGAGAAUUUUUCAGUAAAGCAAAAGUGAAGGAUGCUACAUUUGUUCAGAAAAUGCAUUUUAAUGGUCUGUUAGGAGACUAUCAAAGGAAGAUGAACUUAUGUUCUCAUUGUUCAGAUACUUCAUUUCUGUGUCUUUGUUUCCUGUAUUCUAUUUCAGUUUGUGUUUUGUGAUUGCGAAAUCCUUUUGUACCUUCAAGUGGAGGAAAAAUACAGUAAUGCUUCUUAAGGCAUGAAGCAUAAGGGGACACUUGCUAUACAGGAGGUAAAAGAUUAUCUUAGGCCAUUAACUUUACCCAGUACAAGGCUUGAACUCAGCACAGAGGACAUAAUGGCUUAAUUAUACCAAAGUAUCCCUUUUUAAGAGAGUGAGUAGUGCCACAGGCAGGGCAACUAAACUGGCAGCAGUGCCUGGAGACCCACAUGUGGCUGGGCCUCAGUCACUUGACAUCUAAUACAGAUUUACAUUGUAGAGACAGAAGGAGCUUUCAACAUAAUUCUCAACAUUAAUGAGUUAAUGUGGUGAGAGUGCCUUCCCAUGCAAACAGGGCUGUCACUGUGAGUCCAGCGAGCAUAAAAGAUGUGCUCACUGGCAUACUCUGUAAAGAUAAUUCUUGUACCAGCUUAAAGAAUUGGCAAAACUGGAAAAUGGACUGAUACAGCCUGUUAUAUCAGAGAAAGAUUCAAAAUAUUUAUACUUGUAGACAAUAAUCAAGAAAAGUAUUGCUGAGCCCUAUGUGCUAUGAGCUAGAGUAUUCAAUGUCCUGAAGCAGAGAUGCCAGUGUUAGGAUGAUCAGGAUUUUGCAAAGCUGCCCUCUUGUCCUUGUAAACUCUGAAGAAAAUGAGAUGAACAGCAUGAAAAAUGCUGUGCUGUGUCACACCAAAGGUCUGUUUUGUCUUGGUAGUCUGUCUCUCACAGUGACCUGGUUUGCCUACCUGGGGAGUACUGUAAAGAUAAGGCAGUAAUAUAGUGAUACUUUUUUUUAGUGUUCUCCUAGUCCAGUGUCCUGCCUCAAAAAAGAUGUACAAACUUUCUUUGAGGCUGGAGAAAACAUUUUUGAACUUUUGGUUAUAGUAUUUAUCUUGCAAAGGGAUUUAAAUAUAUUUUUACAAGGACACAUCCUGAUGAUGAAAACAUCAAGUAAGGAUUAACAUAUCUUUGUUUGUAGUCAGUUUUCUUAAUAAUUAUUGUCUUUAUAAGUAAAUAGCAUCUUCUCUUGGAAUAUUUUUUCCUAAUAUCAACAUCCUGACAUUGUUUCCUACCAUGCUUUUUUUUCAGCAAGGGUGAAAAGUCUUGUUCUUUCUUUACAAUGAGGCUUUUUUGACAUGUAUUUGUAUGCCCAGUCAACAAGUCCUAUGUAAUCCACUAACCCAUAUAAAUCAUUUCUCAUAAGCUUCAUACUGUAAAACUUGUCAUUUAACCUUUUAUUGUGCUCCUGCAUGAAAAUCCCCAGUAUUCCACAUCCAUAUGCAUUCAGUUCUAGUGUCUAUACUUCAAGUAUUCUUCAGAGUUACAGAGUCACUGUUAGGAGUCACUUAUGGUACUCCUCACAGAGUGUUCUAAUAAUGCUAUUCUGGCUUCGUAUACUCAUAUAGCCAAAUAUGCUGCUAGUCUUUGCUGCCCAAACGCUGCUGUAACACUACCAUAGGAGGUGGAAUUCAGGCAGUUGAACCUAAAGUUCUUACCACUGCUUUUCAAUGUACAAGUUCCUAGAAAGUAAGAAUUAUUUUUUUAAUUCAAAAAUUUAUCGCAUUUCCUUUAGCAGUAUUAUAGUGCAAUUUUGUACCAAUCAUAUUUAUAGUUUGCAAUACUUAAGAGCUCAGUCUGUUUAGUUUUAUCAGAAGAAGAUCAAAGGUGUCAUGGCUGUGUGGUAGAAAACCCUUUAUGGCAUUGGAAAUUCUAAGUAAUAAAGCAUCUUUUGUCUUGCAGAUGGGCAUAUAAAUGAAUUUGGACCUAAAGCCUAGGCUGCCUAGAUUGGUGCAUGUGAAAUUUCAUUGCUGGAGGCAUUUCUAAGAGGGCCAUGAUCUGAGACUGGUCUGAUCUGACCAAAGUCCUUGGGCACUGCUGAAGUCCUUGAAUUUUCCCUCAGGUUUUGACAACACCAGAUAGUGAGCCAGAGUUAUCAUCAGUUGCAUUUCAGCUUCCUCUUGCUGUCAAAGAGGGCUCUCCUAGAGAUAGCUCUCAAAAAGGUCUCCUCAAAAGUCUGUGAAGAGCUGCCUUGUGCAUGUCCCAAAUAUUUUAUGAGAUCCUAAGAUUUAUCUGUUUGAUAGGGGUUGGACUCUUGGUUCUUGGGACUCUAUUUUAAGGGUAACAUGUAAAUAAGAAAGAUUCCUGCUUGUAUUCCUCUGUUUUAAAUAAGACGUGUAUUCUCUGAAUGAGGCUCUUGCAGAAUCUCUGUUCUGAUUAUAGAAACUGGAAAUAAAUCAAUAUAUGAAAGAAGUGUUUUAUCUGAUAUAAAGCAAACUGAGUUGAGAGUGGGGGAAGAGAGGUUUCGCUGACAUCUGACUAGAUUUACAGUAUUGGGCUCUCCAUUAAUCUGCAUGCUUCCUUGACCGUUUCCGUAAGUAUAAAGUAUAAACUGUAAUCUGAAGGUCUGUAGGGAGUUACAAUGCUUUUCUUGCUUUGAAUUGCAAACCUGAGUGAAGGAUUUGAGGUAAUUUAUCAUGUCCAUUCUUUGGAGUUCUUUUGUAAUGAUUUUGUUUCCCAGUUUGUCAGGACAUUGUCUCUAGACAAGUGAGAUGCUCCCUGUUUGGAAUUUGAAACAAUUCUGGAGUUUCUUAAAUAGCCUUUCAUUUCUAAACCACUGCUUCAGAUCUGCCCAGUUCCAAAUGGGAUGUCUUUUAAAUGAGCAGAUCAGUUUCAAUUGAUAGUUUAAUGGAUAUCAAUUCAUUUUGCCAACACUAACAUCCUUUUAAGAUAGAUUGGCAUAAUUCUUUUUUUCCAUGAUAACAUGACUUCAAAGAUCAAAUGGACAGAGGACUUCUGAUUUUCUUUUGCCUAUGCUUGUGUCCCAGUAUUAAUAGCUAUGCAUAUUUGUGGUAGGAGCAACACAGGAGUCCCUUUACCUUAAGUGUUCCAAUGAAUAAACUGUAAAAAUUAGAUCGCAAGUGGACUAAAUGUUUUUAAACAGAAAGAUCAAGAUCCUUUUGAAAUGGCUUCAAGUUUUUAACACCAGAUUGGGAGUAGAGGGUUGUCCAAUUUUUAAAAGUGGUUAUUUUCCUCUCUCAUCUACAAUCUGCACCUGUGAGAGUUGUGAAAUGUUCCCUGUGAAAUAUGGUGAUUUUUGUUGGGUAUAAGUAGUUGGAACAAGGAGCAAUAGAUUGUCUUAUGGGAAGGGCUCAGAUUUGGCAAACCACUGGUGAUGUAAAAAUUUCAGAUGUCUAAAAAUUAGCUCUUUCAUUCUUACACCUACUUGCAAUUUUAAAAUUUACUUGUAAUUUUAAAAUUUUGAGUAGUGAAGCAUUUAAUCUGAUAAUUGGAUUAAUUUCUAUUUAAAAAGGAAAAGCUGAAUGGUGCUUUUUUACUUGUCCUUAAUUUUAAAUCCCAGCGCUGAGAAUUUUCUCAGUUCAGUUUGAAUAACUGGUGGUAAGUUUGAUAACAGGGCUGACUAUGAUGGCAUUUAUCAAUUUUGAUAUUUUUCAAACCAUGAAACCUUUCUUUGUGCUUUUCCAACUCAUAAAAAUCAACUGAAAAUACAGAUGAAUGCAAGUAGACUUGCUAUGUAUUAAUGGAGAACUUCUCACAUGUAAAUAAAAGGGUAUUUCAAAUCUGGGGUACAAAUUUUUUUCUCUACUGGCAUAGAGCAAUUUCCCAGUAAGAACACAUACUAAAUUUUUAAAUGAAAUAUAGUAUAGGGUUUCAAAGUGGUAAACUACAUUAAUUUAAUUCAUUUUUGGUGGGGGAGUGACAGGGAGGUGUCUAAAUAUGAGAGUGUGAGCAGAACUUAGGGGUUGCUGCAAUAGGGCAGAUGUAGCACACAGAAUUUUCAAAACACACUUUAAAAAUUGUACUGGAGAUUGGAGUAUUGUACCUAAAGAUUGGAGAAAUCUUCCUCUGAGAAGUGUCAUCACUCACAGACUGCCUGCAGGUGCAGUGAUGGCAGACUAGUGGUUCUGAUAAACUAAUGCCAACACUGACACUGAUGUUUCCCUUGCAAUUUUGACACCAGCUUCCUGAGAGGUUCACCAGUGUUGCCUUAGGGCUCUUCUUCAUCCUGCUUCACAAAAUAAUUUGCAAAAUACUUGGACUCACCUAGCCCUCCUCCAUGGGGAAACUCAUGUUCCCAUUUUAAGCCAGAUACUCCUACUGCUGAAUGUUGUAUGGUGAGUGAAAGAAGUCCUUUGUUUUCUUUCUUGGUCGUCCAGUGAACAGCAAGGGGAGCUUUCAUGAAUCUUUUAUCCCUUACUGGUCCUUUCAGAUACUGUCGAGACAGAAAGGAGGGAAUUACUCAUGCAGGGUUUGAUUUCUGGGUGGGGAGAGGGGGCUGUGAGGUGUGGCUGUUCUGCACUCAAACAAUGCAGGAGCUGCCUGGGGAAGGUGACAUUUCAUCCUUCUCCCAACACUGAGAGGCUGCACGACUCUAAACCAUGGGCUUCAUCUGCUGACAUAUGUAUUUAGAUAUUUAAACAAGAAUCUUCUUCAGCACCCCCACCCACCCCUCAAGUAACAAAUAGAACAAACCAGAAAAUUUGUGCUCUGAUGGCAAAGCUGCAAUUUGAGUGGCCCAUGUUGCUGUGAUCAGUGCCCUUCUGCAUGUGUGGUGCAAUGCAAUCAGGCACUUGCAUGAUUUGUUGUUGGGUUUGGGGGUUGUGGGUCUCAGUCUGUCCAUCUGCCCCCUUCACAUGAGGUUCCUGCCUUAGUGUAGGACAGGUGAGACUCUCUGAAUGUAUAGCUACUGGCUUGGAUUUUUUUUUCUCCCCCUUACUUUGACUGACUUCAAGCUUUAUUUACUGCACAGCAUCCAGACUCCACUCUGAAGAGGAAAGAUAUUUGUUAGUAUCUUCAGGGUACCACCUGCUAUGACAGCUUAGAAUGUUAAUGAUUUUGUGUGCUGAGUUUUUGGAUGUUACUGUCACCCUUAUUGCCUAAAUAAAGGAAUUUGAGACUGAAGCAAAACCCUUUUUUUUUUUUUUUAAUUUGAAGGGCCUAAGAUGAGAUACACAGACACUGGCAAUUUGCAAGGACUGACUUUGUACCCUUUUGUAGGUUCAAAUCACAUUUCCUACAAACUUCCUUAGCAGCUAUAAGUGCUCAGAGCUUCUGCACAUCCAGCCACAAUUACUGAUGAGGUGAGGAGCACUGUCCUUAUUGCUGAAGUCUUUCUAUGACUUCUUAGCUAAGAGAGAGAUGGCAGCAGGCUGAUCUCUCCAGGGCUGAUGGUCAGUUGCUUUCAUCAUGAGAACCUGGACAGCAUCCUGCUUUGUCCUUUCUGUCAUUGGGUCUGACUCAUUUGUGCUCAUCUCCUUCAGUUCUCGCCCUUCACCUCUCUGGAGGCGUGCUUUCUAUGGCUCUGUAUAAAAAGUCUCAAAAAUAAACUGUAAUCAUUUGAUUUAGCAUUAUUGUAAAGUGUAUGGACCAAGGGACAACUUAGGAUGGCAGAAAAUGGAUUUCUUCCUUUUUGAGUAUUUUUAUCUGUAACCAGAUAUAUGUAUAUCUGUGUGUAUAUAUUUUAUUUAUUUUUGAGCUAGGACUUGGUAUGUAUUCACUUUGUAAUGGAAUUUGCUUAUAAAGGUGUUUUAAUUUCCCCAAAUUAUGUUUUGUCUCUGGAAAUACUAUGAUUCCUGGACUUCAAAGGAAUUGAAAGAUUAGCCCCAAGUGAAUAGUAUUGUAGAGAAUCUGUGGUGAAAUAACUUGUCUACUACAUCUCAAGAAAGGGCAAUAGGUAGGUGAAAACUUGCUAUGGAACACUCACACUUUAUAUACCUUUACCUGAACAUUAUAGGAUGACAUGAAUUUUGACUCAUUUCUGACAGUGGUAUUUCAAGUGUUGUCCUCUUGAUUAUUUUCUCUAAGCUACAGAGUAAUGAUUGUCUAGUGAAGUAAACCUGACUGUUGUUUAACAAAUGAUAGGCUGCCUUCUAAUGCCCAAUUCAGCAAAGUUUUUAAAUAUCAGAAGUCUUAGUGUAUAUUUUGGGAAGAAUGCCCUUGCAACCAGAAUCAAUCAUCUGACUGAGCUGUAUUAGAAAACAGGAAAAGGUUACAAGGAGAAAAUGAUACUAACUAUUGUCUUUAUUAUCCUAAGUCUUGUUCUGUUCUCUCCAUGGACUCUUGGUUUACAUCUUCUAGAGAAAUUAGCACAUCUUUAAAAAACCCAAAAAGACAAAGACAAACAACCUCCUUCUACAAGUUUUUUGUGUUCAUUUGUUAGAUGUAGGUUGGCAGGCUCUGUUUGCAAGCUGAAUACUCAUUUAAAGAUGUUCCAUUAAGCUGAAAGAUGAAAAUCAAAAUGUUUGAAUUUCCAUUAAUACCAUUUCGGGACUGGACAGAUAGCUGCAAUUGUGAUUUUCUUAUCCUUGCAGUAAAGUACUGCAGUCCACAUAAUUCCUUGCUCACACAUUACACCUCACACCUGUGCUAAGUGGGCAUUUUGUGAGAAAAGUGCAUUGUUUGCUCAACAGAAGCAUAAAAGACGACACAUGGUAAGUUGCUGUACACCUUACCUUCUCUCUGCUAAUCUCUGUGGAUAAAAUGAUGAUGGUGCACUACCAUAUGACUCAUAAACAACUUUGCUGAAAACCACAAAUUUAUUUCAGGUAAGUUACAUCCCAUGUGAAUGUAUACUUAAAUGUAACUGUGUAUUUGUCCCUGGGAAGAACCCAAAUGCUUGUCACAAAUAACUGGCAACUGGAAGCAUCAGAGCUGGUCUAUUUAGAAUAUGUCUACUCUGUCAUUCUGCAAGUACCUCAAGUGUUUAGGAUAUGGAUGAGUACAGCUUCUACUGCUUGUCACUGAACUACUGCUGGUAAUUGAAAAUUGGAAUGCAGUGUUCCCUGGAGAGUUUGUCAUGGAGCUCAAGAGGUUAAUAUGUAGUUAUGUGAUGAUACUAUAAUUUUAUAUGCAUCUGCAGAUACUGCUAAUAGACAUUAAAGUGGGCAUUUACAUCCUUA